AUGUGUCGAUUCACGCCAAAGUGGCUUGCGGUCUGGCUGCUUCUGCAGGCAUUGUCGUUUUCGUCUGAGGCACAAGAGAUCAACGUCGCAGACAUCGGGAGCUACAGCCGCUGUCCUAUGAGCGUCUUCAGCACCGGCAGAGCACCGCCAUUUUGUGACACUACUAGCACAACCACCACCAGUUCUACCACAUUCAGCUCAAGCACUACAGUGUCUUCCACCACCCAGACCACGAGUUCGUCCACGACGACAGUGACAACGUCUUCGAGUUCCACAGAAACCACGAAGACCACAAGCUCCACUUCCUCUGCAUCCUCGUCUACCACCAUGACUGCUUCUUUGACGGUCACCAGCCGUACACACACGACGACCAGCCGGUCGUCAACAUCCACGCUGUCGACAACCCAUACAACUCUAACGAGCACCAGGAGUUCAACCACAACUGCGACGACUACGUCCACAACGCGCUCGAGCACGGUUUCAACGACACUGACCUCUGUCACAGCGACCUCUAGCAGCAUUACAUCAUCAUCGUCCACACUAACCACAGGCACCACGACAACGACGUUGACCAACACCACCACCACGUCGACAACAUACCUGGGCACGACAGGGACAACCACGACCUUAACUGAAAGCACGACUUCAGUCAGCAGUACAACCGAGACCGCGACGACAAGUACUGCUACAUCAUUGACAACCUCAGGGACCUCCACCUCGCGAACCUCCACCUCCAUCACUACCAUGACGCUGAGCUCAUCGACCACCACUUCAUCCACAACUUUGACAACCAGCACCAUCACCCGCACGGGCACCACAGUGACAGGCACAGGGACAAGCUCCACCGUCUCCAGCACCAGUUCAACCAGUAUCACUACCAGCCAGACCACUACCACAGUGUUGCCACAGCCUUGUGGAAAUGCUUGCCCGCUCUAUGCAAUCUCUGGAUGCUUAAACAUGAUGCCAGGAGAGGUGUGUGUUCCAGAUAUAUUGAUAGAUCCUUGCGUGGAAUACACAACCACGUUUUCUUUGAGCUGCCCGCAAGACAAUGUUGAUUUGUCCUACGUCCCGGACAUCGUAGAGCCCUUCCCCACCACGCGCUGCCGAGUUUGUGGGGUGGGGCGGACCGAGAAGGACGAGGACGAGCGCGAAGGGUACUUCCUUGCUGACCUGUACUUUGGCCAGAACUCUGUUGAGACAGAGAUCAACGAGGAUCCUAUCACAGAGUACAGAGUUUACAUCGUCGACAGCCUCCGUCGUCGGCUGAUGCCACAGCCCGUCGCCAUUGUGCCCAAGCGUCCGGAGGAGGAGACCUCCUGCUGCCGAGUAGAUGCAUAUCGCGCGCAUAUCUCGACGAUGCUGCCAGCCGGUUCGGAAAGGUUCAUGGUGGUGCCGGUCACUCGCUAUGGGCACGAGCUGUCCGCGGGUGUGACGAGUGAUGUGAUCGAGGACAUUGUGGCUGAGGGCCCUCACUUCUUGGGAAUUAUGCCGUCUACCAACUUCAGCUUCCUUGUCCACACUGCAGUGGACGUGCAGCUUGGUGACGGGACACUGGCGCUGAUCUCACGCAUGGGACACGAGGAGCGGAUGCAGUGCCGGGAGCUGCGCUUUCUGCGACCCCGCGUGAUCGUAGUGCCCAUACGACACACGACAGAGCUGCUUCUCGGCAUGGAGUACGAGGUCACUGUGCAGGGCGAGUGCUUCCUACACCAGACAGUUGGAUUGCCUCUGGCUGUUGUGUCCAUGCCGCAAGCCAUUGCAGCACCGAAAGCUGUCAGGACAAUCGAGCUCUUCGUCACGGGGAGAAUUUGCCUCUUCGGAGAGCACAGCGACUGGGCCGGAGGCUACCGCCGCUUUAACUCGGAGGUCGUGCCCGGCUGUGCCCUGGUUUGUGGAACGGACCAAGGGCUCUACGCGCGAGCCCGCCGUCUGCUCGGCGAGGGCAGUCGGAGGCUGCUUUACCGCUCCUCUGAUGGGACCAGCAUCCAGCUUGACUUAGACGACGAGACCGGGCUGCGUGAAACGGCGCAAUCCCCGUCGACGUUUGCUUACAUAGCAGGCUGUGUCUUGGAACUUGGCAAGCAUUUCCGCGUCGGUGGUGCGGAGAUCGUGAACUACAAGUCAGACCUUCCGAUCAAGAAGGGUCUUUCAUCAUCUGCUGCCAUUUGCGUUCUCAUCGUCAGAGCCCUCAACCAGCUCUACGACUUGAAGCUGACUACACAUGGAGAGAUGGACAUCGCUUACCGUGGUGAGAUCAACACUCCGUCGCGCUGUGGUCGCCUGGAUCAAUGCGUGGCCUUCGGACGCAGAGUGACCAAGAUGAUCUUUGAUUCCGACUUGCUUUCAACGGAGUCGGUACGGGCUGCUGCCACUAUCUACAUGGUCGUGGUGGACCUUUGUGCAAAGAAGGAUACCAAAGAGAUCCUGAAAUGUCUCAACGAGGCAUACCCCUUUCCUCGGGGCGACUCGGACCGUGCGUUGCAUGCACUUCUUGGGGAGGUGAAUCAGCGUGUCUGUCAGGACGCGCAGAAGAUCCUCGCCGAGGAGAAGGAUGGCCGUGUGGCAGCAGAAAAACUCGGCGAGGCCAUGACAGAGGCGCAGCGGAGGUGGGAUGAGAUCGCAGUCCCUCUCUGCCCACACGAGCUGACGGCACCUGCUUUGCAUCGGCUGCUAACAUACCCGGAGCUGAAGAAGUACAUCACCGGAGGUAAGGGGGUGGGCUCCCAGGGUGAUGGCUCUGCACAGCUUGUCUGCCGGUCAAAGGCUGACCAGGAGGAGGUGGUGAGGAUUGUGAAGUCUUUGGGCAUGGAGCCCCUGGAGCUCACCAUCCCCGAGCAGAAGGCAGUUCGCACAGCGAUUGUUCCAAUCGCAGGUGCCUGCCCUGGCAUCUGGCCCGCCACGAAGUGCGUCGGGCCGUGGCUUUUUCCAGUUCGCAGCCGGGGGCUGGUGAAACCGGCCAUCGCAUGGCUUUGCGAAGAGAUGUCUGCUGCCGGCAUUGAAAAGAUCCUGCUGGUGGUAAACCACACGACCGAAGUGGAGAUGACAAAGCUCUUCAAGCAGCGCGAGGAGGUGUCUGUGCUGAACGGAGUGGGGAUGCACAUGGAGGACUACGACGAGGUGCUCCUAUCCAUAGGCAAAAAGAUUUCUUUCGUGCGGCAGGAGAAGCCCUCCAGCAUUCGUGAUGCGCUGCUCCUUUGCGAGCGCGAGGUCUCUGGCGAGCCCUUCCUCCUUGCCUGGGGUGAUCACUUCAGUCGGUCGACAUCGUCCGAUCAUCGCAGCGUGGUUGCGCAGCUCUUGGAGGCCUUCAAUGGACGGCCUCUAGCUGCCAUGCACUGCGUGGACAAGGACUCGCUCCAUCAGACUGGCGUCUACACAUGCAAGGAGCCUCCAUCGCCACUGCCCGCACCGCUUGGUCCAAAAACGCCUGGGGCGGUGAAGGCGCUGUGGCCGUUGGCUCGGUUAGCUGAGAAGCCCACCAGGGAGUUUGCCGAGGAGCACUUGGUGACGUCCGUCCUGCCAGAGGGGCUCUUCCUUACUUCCUUCGGCCAGUACGUGCUGACACCCAGCGUCUUCCGAGCUCUGCGCUCCUCCAAGGCCGGUCACUUCACCGAGGCCUUGGACCAGCUCCGCCAGUCUGAAGGCAUCUUUGGGGUCCUCAUCGAGGGGAUGCGCUGGGAUCUAGGCACUAUGCAAACCUAUGUCCAGUGCUUGCAGGCACAAGCGCAAGAUGAUGCAGAACCUCCCGCGAAGCGAAGCAGAGCCAUUUCUCCCGUCCACGGCCUACGUUUAAGAACGGAAGAUCCAGAGAAUGCCACCGAGGACGCAUCCGGGCCGCGUCUCGUGGACGCCACCUCCACCAAUCCGCUCAGCGGGGCUUUGACGAGGAUGACGGAGUUCCAUUUCCUUUUCGAUGAGGUGGCCCUGCGUGGCCCUGGCCCACUUUCCGUGGUGCGUCUGGCGGACCAAGAGCGAGGUCCCGCCGCGGUAGUGGAUAUGAUGCCUGAGAUCGUGCAGCACCCAUACCUGCCCGGAAUGGUAACCGUGCGCCCCAGCAUCAGCCUGGAAAUGGGUGCCAGCUACGAGGUGGUCUUCGGCCCCGGGGCACUCCAGGACCGUCGCGGCAACUUGGCCCACAGCUCCAAGGAGUACGAGGCGCCAGGAGAGUGGGAGCACCGGGUCUCCUGUUUCCGGGGGCGCUGUCCGGAUGGGCCAAUCUUCGGGCUGGACGACUUCACUGUGCGAGUGCCAGCACAGGGAGGAGUCCAGGAGCCGCGGCCUCCGGAGCUGACUUGGGCUCUCUACCCGGCUCCCGAGCAAGCCAUCUUCAGGCACGAGAACCUGGUUCUGCAAUUCAGCUCCGUGGUCAGCCCGCACCCCAUGGGCAGCGUCAUGGAGCUUUGCUGGAACUGGACUGUUCAUGAUGUCUGCCCGCUCAAGCUGACGUUCCAGCACAAGGAUAUGCUCUUCGUCGGGGACAAGGUGAUCAUCAAUCCACCGGAGGAUCUUGUGCCGGGAUUCUCAUACAAUGUGUCCAUCCAGAGUGGCGUGAUUUCGAACUUCGAAGGGCUACGUGCAACUGCUGCCGGCCAGUUCCAGUACACUUUCUCUGUCCUUGCAGAAGACGUCUUCGACCGCUCGCCUCCCGAGCUCGUGGCCGUGGAGGUGGAUUGCUCCAACAUUUCUGUACCUGGAGAGCCCGAAGACUGGCCAGGCUGUGCAGUGUGGCAUCGGUUGCAACAGCAGAUCGUCGGGGAGGCCGAAAAGUGGGGGCUGGCCGAAAACGCUCCGCCCCCUGCAAUACCCGCCGGCGCCCGCUUCCGCUUCUACUUCCGGGAGCCGGUGCAGAUCCUCGGACGAAACGCAGCGGCGCUGGCAGCCGAGCCGUUGGAGAAGGAGCCGCUGUCACCGAAGCAGGUUCCAGCCAUGGUCGGGACUGCUGAGGAGGACGGAGUGCUGGUUGUCGUUCCAGAACUGCUUCCCGGCGAGCUCUAUACCCUUCAAGUGGGCUCCGGGCUCGCCGAUCUAGCCACGUGGCCGGAGCCACACCGUUUUGCAGGGGCUGCAUUGAAGUUCUUCACGCGGCUGCCGCCACCGAAGGCGACCAUCGCCUCCAAUGAAGGCUUCAAGGAGGCUGCUGCCAGCACUUCUGUGAUGCUGCAGUUCGAAGGUGUGUCGGUGCUUGCCGAUCCCAGCAGCGACUUGGAGGCCGAGCUUCGACAGAUCAACCUUGGCUCCUCGGAAACUCCCGACGAGCAGCAUCUGAAAGUCGCUGAUCCUUCGCGGGUCUUCUUCCUGGGGAGCCAGAUCAUGCUGCUGCCUCUGCGGCCUUUACAUCCAGGAACAUCGUACAACUUCACGCUUCCAGCCGGGGUCGUGCGCCAUUUCGACCAGCAUUUCUCCUUCGUGUUCACGACUCGCCCAGAGGAUCAUGUUGCCCCAAGCAUAGUGUGGACUUGGCCGAUGAUGUCAGUCUCCAAGCUCACCAUCGACAGGAUGCGCGUGCACCUGUACUUCUCCGAGGAGGUGAAACCUGGCAUGUCGAAGUUCGUCGUGAUGGAGGACGGUAACGAGAGGUUCCGCUUCGAUGUGUCGCAAGACCUCUGCGAGGAAGGUGUUUUCUUCCGGGGCUGCGUGUGCCUUUGUGGAAGCGGGCCCAAGCGGGCACGAGCAGCCGAGUCACGAGGGCUUCCCUGUGCAGGCGGCUGUCUCUGCUUCCAGCCGGCCUCGACGAUCAAGGCUGAGCCCAUGCCCAUGCCGCCUAUGCCCAUGUGCUUGCUCUCUGCUCAGCUCUGCCCUCUGCCGGCUUCUAGGUCGGAUGGUUCCAUGGGCCGAUGCCGGAAGGAGAUUCGGCCAUGCGAGGGGUGUGGCCUUGGCACCGACGUGGUUAAAGGUACUUCUGAGAAACUCAUGGGAUGA